ACAGAGAAACCAUGUCACCCCCGUGUGUCCUCCUCUUCAGCCUCUCUCUACUCAUCCCUUCCACAGCAGCACUGCUGUUUGACAUGCCCAGAAUCUACGGAGACGACGCGACGGGCUACGGGCCGGUGUUUGAGGAGCAGCCCAUGGACACCAUCUACCCAGAGGAGUCUCCAGAGGGAAAACUCUCCAUGAACUGUCGCGCCCGAGCCAACCCUCCUGUCACAUAUAAAUGGAAGAUAAACAGCUGGGAGAUUAAGCUGUUGGAGCAGCCGGACGAGCACUACAGCCUGGUAGGUGGCAACCUGGUGGUCACCAACCCCGACCGAAGCAAACACACGGGGAGGUACGUGUGUGUGGCCCAGAACAUCUACGGGAUCAUCAUCAGCAAGGAGGCCAUCGUCAAAUUUGGCUACUUGAAUCCGUUCUCCACAGAAGAACGCGAAGCAGUACAAGUGAGAGAGGGACAAGGGGUGGUUCUGCUGUGUGUACCACCCGACCAUAACGCAGAUGAUGUGACGUUCCGCUGGAUUCUCAAUGAGGCCCCCAAUUUCCUGCACCCCGACAAACGGCGCUUUGUCUCCCAGACCACUGGAAACCUGUACAUCUCUAAAGUGGAGCCAUCAGACUUCGGCAACUAUUCCUGCUAUAUGUCCAGCUUAGCCGUCUCCAAAAGUGUGAUAAGCCCGUUCAUUCCUCUGAUCCCGCUAACAGAGCGCACGGUUUAUAAGUAUGCGGCUGACAUAAGAGUAAAAUUUCCAAAAACCUACGCCCUGGUGAAUCAGAACGUCACCCUCGAAUGCUUUGCCUUGGGAAAUCCCAUCCCAGAGAUCCGCUGGCGGAAGCUGGAUGCCGAGCUGCCUGCCAAUCAUGAGAUAACCAUGGCCGGGGCGCUGCUGCACCUCUUCAACGUGCAGAUAGAGGAUGAGGGCUACUAUGAGUGUGAGGCCCUCAACUCCAAAGGCAAGGACUGGCACAAGGCCUACCUCUACGUGGAAGCCGCCCCUGAGUGGGCGGCACACAUCAACGACACAGAGAAGGACAUCGGCAGCGAGCUGACCUUGUCGUGUGUAGCUAACGCAAGACCGGAGCCCUAUAUCCGCUGGCUGAAAAAUGGAUAUUCGUACGGCAAGGGGGAGCUGAAGUUCAGCUCACUCACCUUCGAGGAUUCCGGAAUGUACCAGUGCAUCGCCGAGAACCGGCACGGAAGCAUCUACGCCAACGCCGAGCUGCGUGUGAUUGCCUGUCCUCCAACAUUUGAGAACAACCCGGUGAGGAGAAGGCUUCUGGGAGCCAGGAAUGGCCGUGUGGUCAUCGAGUGCAAACCCAAGGCUGCUCCCAGGGCCAAGAUCACUUGGAGCAAAGGAACCACGAUGCUGACCAACUCGUCACGGAUUCGUGUCUGGGAUGAUGGGAGCCUGGAGAUCUUCAACGCCACAAAGGCAGAUGAGGGGAUGUACACCUGCUUCGCGGAGAAUGACAGGGGCAAGGGCAACAGCACCGGCACCCUGUCCAUCACAGAGGCCACCCAGAUCACCGUGGCCCCAUCCGACACGGAGGUGCGUGUGGGGGAGACGGCUCGCUUGCAGUGCGUCGCCUUCCAUGACCCAGACCUGGACAUUACCUUCAUCUGGUCUGUGGAUACACACGUUAUCGACUUUGACCGGGAGAACGAGUACUACGAGCGUAUCAUGACCCGAGAGUCGAGUGGGGAGCUGUGGAUCAAGAAUGCACAGCUGAGGCAUGCCGGCCGCUACAGCUGCACUGCCCAGACUAUAGUGGACAACAGCACAGCCUGGGCGGACCUCAUCGUCAAUGGACCCCCGGGACCACCAGGUGGUGUACGCGCAGAAGAAAUCCGGGAGAAGACGGUGAGGCUGGUGUGGACUCGUGGCACCAGCAACCACAGUCCCAUCAUCAAGUACAUCAUCCAGACCAGGGAUCAGUUCACUCCAGAUCGCGAGGAGUGGCGAGAUGCCAGCACCUCUCCACCAGUUGUCCAGGGUAGUGAGGAGAUGACCACCGUGGUGGACCUGUACCCCUGGUGUUACUACGAGUUCCGCGCCAUCGCCGUCAAUGAUCUGGGGAUGGGCGAGCCCAGCAUCCCGUCCAUUAAAAUCCGCACCUACGAUGCAGUUCCCACCAUGGCCCCCCCAGACAUCGGCGGGGGAAGCAAUGUUAACGGUGAGGUCUUCAUCACCUGGACGCCCCUGCUGCCGCAGUACUACAACGGGAAGAAGUUCGGGUACGUGGUGGCCUUCAAACAGCACGACGAGUAUGAGUGGAGACGGGUGACAGUGGCCGACCCGGAAGCUAGGCGCUAUGUGCACAAGGACUCCUACAUCCUGCCCAACACAGAGUUCCAGGUGAAGGUGAAAGCCUAUAACAUCAAGGGAGAGGGUCCCUACAGCCUGACCGCCGUCAUAUACACCGCGCAGGAUGUUCCCUCGGAGGCUCCGACUGAGGUCGUGGCGCGGGCCAUGACCGCCACCGAAGCCAUGGUGUGGUGGUUGCCCGUCUACCAGCAAAUUGUCGAAGGUUAUCAGGUGAGGCUGGACAUGCUUCACUCACACACCG